GUUUGCGUAAACGACAACACCGCCCGCACAAUAAAGGAAGGUUGUCUUAUGAGAAAUGUCGGAGUGAAGCUGUCAAAAAAUUCAAAUAAACAUUCGUAUUUCCUUUAUUUUGGGUUUCUAGACUUUUAAAAUGUGAUAGUUGUGUACAAAUCAACAAUGGCUCAGGGUGUAUUGAGCUCGGAUAUCUCGAGGAGAAAUCCUCAGGACGAAUAUGAGCUGAUCCAACGUAUAGGAAGUGGAACCUAUGGUGAUGUGUAUAAGGCAAAACGUAUCUCUACUAACGAUUUGGCUGCAAUAAAAGUAAUAAAAUUAGAACCUGGAGAUGAUUUUGCUGUAAUUCAACAAGAAAUACUCAUGAUGAGAGACUGUAGACAUCCUAAUAUUAUUGCAUACUAUGGUAGUUAUCUUAGAAGGGACAAACUCUGGAUUUGCAUGGAAUAUUGCGGAGGUGGCUCGUUACAGGAUAUUUAUCACAUUACUGGACCUCUUACCGAAAAUCAGAUUGCAUACAUGUGCAGAGAGACAUUGCUUGGGCUUUCCUACCUCCAUGGUAUGGGAAAGAUGCAUAGAGAUAUAAAAGGGGCUAAUAUUCUGCUCACGGAAUGCGGAGACGUGAAGCUGGCCGAUUUUGGCGUGUCUGCGCAAAUAACUGCGACCAUAAACAAAAGGAAAUCUUUCAUUGGAACUCCAUAUUGGAUGGCACCUGAGGUAGCCGCAGUGGAGAGGAAAGGCGGCUACAAUCAACUGUGUGAUAUUUGGGCGAUUGGUAUCACUGCAAUCGAGUUGGCGGAGCUUCAACCUCCCAUGUUCGACUUGCAUCCAAUGAGGGCCCUAUUCCUCAUGUCGAAGAGCGGAUUCAAGCCUCCCACUCUCAAGGAUAAAGAGAAAUGGAGCCCAACCUUUCAUAAUUUUGUGAAAGUUGCGUUGACAAAGAACCCGAAGAAAAGGCCCACAGCCGAAAAAUUACUACAGCACUCGAUAUUUCAAGGGGAAAUGAGCCGGAGAUUGGCCCUCGAGUUAUUGCAGAAGGUGAACAAUCCAUCGCACAUGUUCACGGAUAUGGAGGCAGACGAAGAUGGGGCCGUACCAAAUGUACCACAACGUAUCGCAUCACGACUCACAUCACGACCAAGAGCACAGAAUCUGGUUCAAACUGUAGACGUGGACAUAGAGAAUAUAGAUGAAGUUAAUAACACUUUGCAGAGGCAAGCCCCUUGCAUUAGUUCAAAUGGAGAUAAGCCAGAAAACUGGGAUGUUAUGGAUAUUAUGAACAAUGUUACGACCGUUCAUAAUUGCAUCGAACACCAGAAUAAAAAGUGUGGUUUAGGUGUGGCUUUCGACUCUUUGAAUCGUGAAAAUUCAGAGAGAAAAGCUAUGACGGGUUCCCAAAUUUUGAACAUGUCCCUGAGGAGUCUAUUGCAGUACAUUGACGAAGAGUUAAUGAUGAGGGGAACCUACAAAUAUCAAGUGGCUGACUCUUACGAUCAACAGGCGACUCUACCAGUGCAAGAUAGCGAUUCCAAAUGCGAUCUUCACAACAAUGUAUCCACCCUCAAUAACGAAGGACUGCUGAAUGGAUCCCCGCGUAGGCACUCUUCGGUGGAUGAGAUAUUUCCCAUGGUUAAUUCCAUGAACAUACAAGGUCAACGCCAAAGAUCCCUUAGUGAUAGUAGUAGGAACGAAAGGAAAGUCAACGGAGCUGACGCAGAAAAUGAUCAUCACAGUAACAAUAGUCCUCCAGAUUUGGUAGCAUAUCCACCGGUACCUCCCCGAAAACAUCGAAGAAGACACACACCACCUAGACCUCCUAGUAAUGGGCUCCCACCAACCCCCAAGGUCCAUAUGGGUGCCUGUUUCUCGAAGAUAUUCAACGGCUGUCCUCUGAGAAUCCACUGCACGGCUUCUUGGAUUCAUCCAGAAACGAGAGAUCAACACAUCUUGAUAGGCGCCGAAGAAGGGAUAUACAACCUGAAUUUGAACGAAUUACACGAGACGUGUAUCGAUCAGUUGUACAACAGAAGGACCAUUUGGAUGUACGUGAUCAAAGAUAUCCUGAUGACGCUCUCAGGCAAGACGCCGCAGCUCUAUCGACACGAUCUGUUGGCGUUGCAGAGCAAGCAGUCGCACAGGUUCAGCCUGCACAUGAACCGCAUACCGGAGAGACUGGUACCUAGAAAGUUCGCCCUGACUACCCGAGUUCCGGACACCAAGGGCACGCAGAAGUGCUGCGUAUCGCGGAACCCGUACAACGGCUACAAAUAUCUCUGCGGUGCUUCAUCCACUGGCAUCUUUCUGAUGCAGUGGUACGACCCCCUGAAUAAAUUCAUGCUGCUGAAGCAUGUUGAUUGUGUUCUUCCUAGUCCUCUGAACGUGUUCGAAAUGAUAAUAACGCCCGAGUUAGAGUAUCCGAUCGUUUGUGUAUCCAUAAAACAAGCCUACCAACCCGGCAGAUACAAACUAGACCUCAUCAACAUGAAUUCAGGAGCAAGUUGGUUUCAUUCAGAUGAGCUUCAGGAUAUGGACGGCAUGGCUACCGUGGUUCCUAAACGCGAAAAUUUAAAUAUCAUCAACGUUACGCAACUCGAUAAGGAUUCCGUACUGUUUAGCUACGACAACGUAGUGAAAGUAGUAACUCCUCAGGGUAAAUUAAAAAUGAACAAGAAGCAGGUGUCUGAAUUGAUAUUCGACUUUGGGAUAGAGAGUAUAAUUGUACUUCCCGAUAGCGUUUUGGCGUUCCAUAAACAUGGAAUGCAGGGAAGAUCCUUGAAGAAUGGGGAAAUCACCCAAGAAAUCGCCGACCCUUCUAGGUCCUAUCGGUUAUUAGGGUCCGACAAGGUUGUAAUGUUGGAAAGUAAUUUAAUUAGGGGUAGCACGCUGACUGUGGACGAAGGUCACGAUUUGUACAUUUUGGCAGGGCACGAGGCCAGUUAUUAGGGAGAAAGGGAUAUGAAGAGAGCCGGUUCUUCAUCAAAAUGCUCGAGAAGUAUUCGAAACUUCUAGUAUGUAGGAUAAAUAAAUAAAAUCAAAAUACAAUACAGAAUUCGUUUAUGAUAAAUAAAUAGAACAAGUGAAGUUUUCUUCCCGUCGAGGAUCACUGAACAUACCUCAUUAGAGAAUUUGAACGUAGCUAAAUUUUCAACUAUUUUUGGUCUUCAAUUUCGAAUUACGAAAAGAUUCACUAGAAUGAGAUUAAUCAAAUUUAUAAUGGAUCAUACUGAAGAUACAGAUCAAAACCUGAAUUUGAAAGUUUGAUUGUACAGUUCUAUAUUUUUCAAAUUAAUUCCAUAGGUGUAAAACAUUAUUUUUCAAUAUAUAUAGUAAAGAUAUAUCAAAUUAUUAUUCAAUCAUAAGUUGAAAAUAUACAUUAUUUCACCUUUUGUUCAGAAUCAUGAAGCAAGUUUAAAUUUUUUUGAUCUUCACAUAAUGGUGGUUAAUUACUAUAAUCACUAGUUUUUGAUAGUAAUAGGAUUUAAUAAUUUGCUCACAUUGAUCAACACCAAAAACACUUUUUGAAAUAGAUUUAUCAUUUAACAAAAUUUCAAAAAAAAAAGUGCAACGUAAGAUGAAAUUCGCUUAAAAUAUUAAUAUAAUUUGUGUUGAGAGAAUUUCUGGAACUUGCUUCUACUUUAAAGCAUUCCACUGUUGUCAACUAUUCUCACUUCUAUUUAAUAUUUAAUUUUGUUCAUCUAACGAUCGAAUUAAAUAAUUUUUGCUGAUUAAUUUUACAUCUUGAGAUUAAAGACCGAACUUCUGUUAUUUAUACUCUUCUUCAUAGUUAAGAGCUUCCACUGAAACUAUCAAAUUUGCUUAGGAAUUGAUUUUUCUAUAUAACUCAUGUUCCAUCUAUUUUAAGACGAAUGUCUGCUCAAUUUUGAAGUGAAAAGUUCAUUUAAGACUGAAUUCUUUUUGGUAUAAAAACUCCGAAUGUUUCGGACAAUGUCUUAUCUAAUUCUUGAAACCUUUUACACAUUCUUCUGGAAUUGCUUUACAUCCAUUUAAAGUUAAAAAUCUUUCGAAAAUUUAGAAUCUUUGAAUGCGAAGAUAUAUAAUUGAUAUUUUAUUCUUCAAAUGUCUUGAAAUGAAUUUUUCCUUGUUAGUUUGUUUAUUGUUAGAAUUCAUUUUAUUUCGUUAUAAAUUGGCAAUUGACGUUUCACUUAGAGUUAGGCAGGAGGUCUGACAUACAAAAAAUGAAAUUAUUUUUUCAUGGUACAGAAUCCUAAUAGAUCAAAUAGAAAAAUCAAAUCAUCUUAGUAAUAUGAAAAAAACUCGUUUGUUUAAAAUUUAACAUCAAAUGUUCAUAGUUUCCACAAUGCCUGUUACCUAAAUUUCGCAUUGUCCCCAUCCCAAGACUGCAGUAACAAUUCUGAAGUUAACAUUACCUCUUAGUAUAAUCUCACCCAUUUUCUCUUUCAAAUUUGGUAUAGUCAGCAGCAUGAAUUGGCUGUGUUAUUAUUGUUUGAAUAUAAUGUUAUCUUUGUAAAUAUUGUAAAUCAUAAGGAAUAAUGAAUAUACCAAAAAUAAAUUAUUAUAGGUUGAAGGAAUUAUCUGACGUGACCAAGGCUGUAGUAGAUAGACUAGUUACGUAAAUUGCUAAAAUCGAAGUUGUUUCUUUAUGGAUUUCAUUUCAUUGUUGAAUGUUUUUAUUCUUCACUAAAGUAACCUAGGAAUCAUAUCUUUAUGUAAUUUCGCCGUCAUUAUAAUAUUUUUUAUUUAUAUAUUUUGUAAAUAAAAGUUGUAAAUUACAA